AACACAUUCUAGUCUUCUUCUUCACUCUCUCUUUCUCUCUCGCUCUCUCUCUUACUUGCCCGUUGUGAACACAAAUUUCUGCAAAUUUCGGUUUUCUCCUCACUACUAUACGCCCUGGUACAUAAUGCUGCUGUAACUAAUAUGAGCAGAGUGCGCAUUGCACACAGCACCAUAGAAUUCGCCGGGAAUGAAUCCCACCAGUGUAGACCCAACACAACCACCGCCGCCGCCGCCGCUGCUGCAACCACCGCGCUCCUCCUUCAGUUGCGACCGUCACCCAGAUGAACAAUUCACCGGCUUUUGCCCUGAAUGUCUCUGUGAACGCCUCACUACUUUAGACAAUAACAGUAAUAAUAAUAAUAAUCCUUCUUCUUCUUCUCGCCGUCCUUCUACUUCCUCUUCUUCUGCUGCUGCUGCUGCCAUUAAAUCCCUUUUCUCUAAACCUUCUGCUAAUAAUCUUCCUCCUAAACCGAAUAUUAAACCCAACUCCUCGUUUUUCCCCGAGCUUCGUCGGACUAAGUCUUUUUCUGCUUCGAAAAACGAGGCGUUGGGCUUUAAUGCUUCUGCUUUUGAACCCCAACGGAAAUCCUGUGACGUUCGUGUUCGUAAUACUCUUUGGUCUUUGUUCUCCAUCGACGACGAGACAAAAAGUACUGCUAAAAAACCCACUUGUUCGCAAAACCCAAAUGAUAUUGUUAAUGAGGAAGAAGAAGAAGAACCCGAAAACGAUGAAGAAUUAGAGGCUGUGGUGGAUGAAAUAACUGAAGAGGAGGUGAAACCAGUGGAGAACAAGGUGGAACCAGAGAUUGUAGUAGAAGAAGUGGAGGAGGUGAAUAACGGGGAUAUAUUGAAGCCGAUGAAAGAUCAUAUAGAUCUUGAUUCGCAGGCGAAAAAGGCUUCAGUUGCAGGGAGUUUUUGGUCAGCUGCAUCGGUGUUUAGCAAGAAAUGGCACAACUGGAGGCGAAAACAGAAGCUGAAAAAGAGAAACAAUGGCGAAAAUUCGGGUACAUUGCCUGUAGGAAAGCCUAUUUCAAGGCGUUAUAAUAAUAGGGAUACCCAAUCGGAGAUAGCGGAUUAUGGUUUUGGGAGAAGGUCUUGUGAUACUGAUCCUCGGUUUUCACUCGAUGCUGGUAGGAUUAGCUUUGAUGAUCCGAGGUAUUCUUUCGACGAGCCUCGUGCUUCUUGGGACGGUUAUUUGAUUGGCAGGAGUGCUUUUCCUAGAAUGCCGCCUAUGGUUUCAGUGAUAGAAGAUGUCCCUGUUGUGCAAAUUCCCCGCACGGAUAACCAGAUACUGGUUGAAGAACCACCACGUAUUUCAAUGAAUUCUAUCAAUGAGGAUGAAGGUGGGGUCCCUGGAGGUACUACUCAGACUAAGGAGUAUUACUCUGAUUCGUCUACGAGGAGAAGGAAGAGUCUUGAUAGGUCUAAUUCAAUUAGGAAGACUGCAGCUGCUGUCGUGGCUGAAAUUGAUGAGAUGAAGGCUGCUGCAAUGUCUAAUGCUAAUAAAGUAGUAUUGCCUGCUGUGAGUGUGAGUGAUCAAUUUCAUGGAGCCAAAGUGUUGGUUGGUGAGAGGGAUUCAAAUUCGUUUUCGAAUUCCAAUUCUUUGAGAGAUGACGGCUCUGAGACUUUUGAAUUGACAGGUUUUAGGGAUAAUUGUUCAGUGAUUGGAAAUGGUGGGGAGAGAAAGGGGUCGUCGAAAAAGUCAAGGAGGUGGGCCUGGAAUUUAUGGGGGUUUAUACAUAGGAGAAGUAGUAGUAAUGGGAACAAAGAUGAGGAAGAUGAUAGGUAUAGUAGAUCAAAUGGAGUGGAGAGGUCGUUUUCUGAAUCUUGGCAAGACUUGAGGACUAAUGGUGAUGUAAGAGGUGGUAUUAAUAGGAAGGUGUUCAGGAGUAAUAGCAGUGUGAGCUGGAGAAGCUCGACAAAUGGUAUUGGUGGAUCAUUUGGUGGGAGUGUGAGGAAAUCUGGUGUUGAGAUGAAUGGCCAUGUAAAGAAGAAAAGAGAUGAUUUUGUGUUGGAGAGGAAUCGGAGUGCGAGGUAUUCACCUAGUCAUCUUGAUAAUGGACUCUUGAGGUUCUACUUGACACCCAUGAGAGGCAGCCGGAGAGGUUUACCAGGAAAAAGUAGGCCAAAUGGCUCACACUCAAUUGCGAGGAGCUUACUUCGACUGUACUGAUAUCCAAUCCAAGGAAUGAGUUUGAGGCUUAGGAUUGUACUACAAGCCGCUUAUCUUUCUUGGUAACUGAAAAUAUCAGCGCGCAAAAACUGCCUUUUGAAAGAAGUUUCAGUUGCUAAUAGGCUCUAUGGUAACUCAGUUUGAGAAUCAGCAAAUUUAUGUAGAGUAUUGAAUGGCAUUACUUUGAACAAGUGUAUUCUGGAAACUCUACCUUAGACCUUGUUUGGAAAGACUGCAGUUACACUACUGCUAAAGUUUCAAAUAGGGGGAUUGUGUAAAAAAAAACUGCACAAGAUUUGUCUUGGUUAUAUGUAAAUGUUCACUUAAUUAGUAUAUGUAGUGUCCACUCUUAGUUCAGAAGACUUGGAUUUUUCUUGCUUUCUCAAUUGGGGUGUGUAUGUUUCAUUAGAUUUGGUUAGAAAUGAUAAAAGAUAAACUGGU